AGGUCGAACCCAGCCCCGAUCGCCGCUUCGAGCGUCGCCCUUUCGAAAAGGGUAAACAAGUAAACUCGUAAAUCUCUCUCUCUCUCUCUCUCUCUUCGCGUUCACGUUUCCUCUCCACACUCGACCCCCUCCAAGGAGAGAGCGAAGCGAAGCGAAGAAGCGCGGCGGCGGCGGCGGCGGCGACGACGCGAGCGGGGGGGGGCGGGGGAGGAGGAGUUUGUGUUCUCUUUUAGGGUUUCCUUGCGCUAAGAGGAGGUUCUCCCGAUCGAGAUCCAGGUUUCUCGCUCAUCCCGGAGACCCUUUUCCGCGAAAUUUUUUUCUCGCCUUUAUUUUUGAUUUUGGGGGGUUCGGCUGCGCCGCGCUUCGGCUCUGCGCGGUGAUCUCGCGCUUUCUCGGGUCAAAGGCGAGGGUUUUCGUUCCCAGUGGUGGCGGAAACGGGAAUUUACAGUGGCGGGGGUGGGAAAAGGGGGAUUGGUUGGUGUUAGGGUUUCUUCGUUACGGCGAGGGAGCUGCAAGCGUGCUCGUUCCUUUUUGUGUCCGGUGAUUUGGGGGGAUUUGUAGGGUAUUAGCGAGAGAGGGCCGUUUAGGUUGCAGCUAGGGUUUGGGUGUUAAGCUUGCUGGAAGUGGAGUGUGGACAUUUUUGCGGGAGUUUUAGCUUCACUUUGGUGUUAAGGUUUCUUCAGUACACACUCGAAGAGAAAGCAAAGCUGUAAGUAUUGUGUUUGUUGGAAAGGCAAUAUCUGUACUAUUAGGGAGGAAACAGAAGCAAAUUUGAUAUUCGAAAGAGCGUGUUGCUGGAAAAAAAUUUAAUUUAGUACGAUCAAAUUAUCAAUUCACAUGGCCAUACUUAACAAAAUCUGGACGAGUGUUGACUUUGUUCCUCGAUCUUAAGGUGAGAAUAGUUCUUCAUUGGUGUAGCAGAAGAAAAGAGCUGAAAAAGGAGACUACUCUGUUGUCGUUCCGUACACAAUGAUGGGAAAGACACAGAAAUUCUCAAAGGGAUUCUCUUCUGGAUUUGUCCCGGAUUAUCGGCAUGCGGUCGAGACGGUAGGUGAAUCGGAAGGGUUUGCUAGCCCUGCUCGCAUUGACUCUGAAGACUCUUGCGCCCCAAAGAGGAAAUGCAUAAGUUUAAAUUCAGACAGAUGCGACGGGUUUAAUGUCCCUUUGCAAGUCAUUUCUCUUUCCAAGAUGUCAGGUUCCGAGAGGAAGGAGUUGGAAAUGAGACUUAGAGGAGAGCUUGAGCAAACCAGGAUUCUCCAAAAGAGACUGCUUUCAAAGAGUGCAGCAGGCUUAAAUGGGGUUGCCCUAUCUUCCUCCAGUGAUGUCCAUGUAAAGAAACAGGAUUCUGUUCUCCAGCAUAGUUCCCAAUCGAAAAGGGAAAACUCUGAGUCUGCAAAGCCGGCGCCACCUCCGCCUCUGCCUCCGCCUCCGCCUCCACCUUUGAUCAGCAACGCCCAUGUAAUGAUGUUGAAACAAUGCGAGUCACUUCUUAAACGCUUAAUGGCGCAUCAGUAUGGAUGGGUAUUCAACACUCCUGUUGACGUGGUGAAGUUGAAUAUUCCAGAUUAUUAUCAAGUUAUUAAGCAUCCGAUGGAUUUGGGGACUGUCAAGAGUAGGAUCACUUCGGGUGCUUACUCCAGCCCAUCGGAUUUUGUUUCUGAUGUCAGGCUUACUUUUACAAAUGCCAUGACUUACAACCCACCUGGUAAUGACGUACAUAUUAUGGCAAAUACUAUGAGCAAGUUCUUUGAAACAAGAUGGAAACCCAUUGAGAAGAAGCUAGCUGCAGCUGAUGCUGCUCUUAAGAGAGAAACUCAAGAGGCCAAGCCAGUGUUGCAGUCCAAGAAGAGGAAGGAACCUCCUGUAAAUCAUGACAUUGCUUUGCCGGAGAGAACUAAGCCAAAAAUGACAGAUGAGCAGAAGCUGAACCUUAGCAGGCAGUUAGAACCUCUAGUGGGUGAGAUGCCGGAUCAUAUAGUUGAUUUCUUGAGGAGCCGCUCGAAACAGACCAGUGAAGAUGAGAUAGAGAUUGACAUUGAUUCUCUUAGUGAUGAUACAUUGUUUGAGUUACAGAAGCUUGUAGAUGAUUAUUUGGAGAAGAAACGAUCGGAGAACCACGCAAAAGCUGAGCCUUGUGAAAUGGAGAUCUUAAAUGAAUCUGGCCUUAGCAAUUCGUCAAUGCAUCAUGGAAAAGUCAAUGAGCUGGCCGAUGAGGAGGUUGACAUUGGUGGCGAUGAUCCUCCUGUCCCAAUCUUCCCUCCUGUGGUGAUUGAAAAAUCAUGUGGGAACAAUUAG